AUGGGAUACAGAGUACUUGUAACUGGCACGCCUGGGGUGGGAAAGACCACUCUUUGCAGGCACCUGAAAGAAGUACUCGGGUGCAAGCACCUGGAGAUCAGCAGCAUAAUCGAAAAAAAGAAGCUUUUCACCAGAAAGUGUCCCGUCUACGAUACGCUGGAGUACGACUCCUGCGCGGUCGAGGAGUACCUCCGGAAAAAGAUGAAGGAAAAGGGCAGCUACAUCGUGGAUACGCACGAUCCCGAGUGUGUAUCCUUCGUGAAGUUUGACGUAAUCGUGGUUCUAUCAGCAGAUCCCGGGGUUCUGUACGAGAGGUACAGGAAGAGAGGGUAUAACGACACAAAAACAGACGAGAACCUGCAGGUGGAGAUAAUGGAGGUCGUAUACAACGAUGUGAUAGAGUGCGUCUGCGAGGACGAGGAGGAAGUAUCCAGGAUCAUACGCGUGGAGACGGCCUCAAAGGAGAAGACAAAAACUCUCGAGGAGAUUCUAAAGGAGAUAUCCGAGAGUCCAGAGUGGAGCCAAAUAGUCCGAAGCACCCCAGAAUAA